AUGAGUAGCCGUCAAGCUUAUGUAAAUAAUAGGCAGUAGUUAUCUUCCACUCUUUAAACAUUAGAGAUAAAAUUAGAAGCUCAGAGACAAUCAAGCGUCAUUAACUUAGAUGAAUUUUGUAUUGGAGAUGAGGGAUGUCAACUGUUAGCCAAUUUCUUGAAUAAAUAUGUAACAGUAACUGAUUUAGAUUUGAAAGGAAAUAACAUUGGAGGGGCUGGAAUCACAGCUCUAGCUUAAGUGCUGAGAUCUAACCAACAAAUUAAGACUAUUGGACUUGCUUGGAAUAAGCUUGGAUCCUCUGAAAAUGGUCUUACUAACUUCUUCAAUUCAAUUGCUGAUAACAGAUCCAUUUAAAAGAUAGAUCUUAAUAAUAAUGAAAUUGGACCUGAAAUCGGGAAUUCUAUAGCAAGCUGCUUGAAGAGCAAUUAAACACUUCACACUAUAGAUCUAAGAUGGAAUAGGAUAGGCAAUUCAGGUGCAAAAGCUAUCCUAAAGGGUCUGAAUUAAAACAGAUCUAUCUAGAUUUUAGAACUAGCAGGUAAUAAAGUGAGUGAUGAUAUUCUAAGGCAGAUAAAUGAUAUUCUAAACAGAAAUAAAUAAGGAAACUUCCACUCUUUACCAAUUGGAAACUUUUCACCCACUAGAUACAAGUCUUCAUCUAAUUUCAACAAUGCAUCUCAAAUACCUCCUACUUCUCUUGUUUUGUCUCCUGGAAAAAGAUAUUCAGUUUAAGCAAAUAUUGAUGAUGAAAAACAAUUCAUUAAUGAGAAAAGAGUAGACCUGGCGAGAGAACUGGAACUAGAAACUAAGAAACGAAAUGAUACUGAGGAAACCUUCGAAAAACUAAGGGAAGAAUUCAUUAAAUUUGAACUCUAAUCUGCUAGGGAAAAGUCAGAGAUGCAAGCUCGUAUUGAUUAACUAGAAUCUGAAAAGCAGAAUUUAUAAUUGAAGUUGGUAAGAGUGGCUGAUAAUUUCGAAAAAGGAGACAUUACGAGCAAGGAAAAAUAAUUAACUUAUGAAGAAAUGCUCCAGGAAAAUCUUGAAGAUACAGUUAAGUAAUUGAGAGAACAAAAUGAUGAUUAAAAAAGGCAGGUAGAUUAGUUGGAGGCUUAGAAGAUCGAUUAGAAAUUAGAGUUUGAUAACUAAUUGUAUAACCUAGAAAAGAGCUUUAAUCAUGAAAAGUUAGAACAGAUUAUAGAAAAGCUAUCAAAAGACAGGGAAGAAUUGAACUCAAGAAUAAAAUAAGAAUCCAAGCAAAUGAUUGAUAAAUUUAAGACUCUUUCAGACUAGAUUUCCAAGCAGGAUGAUAAAAUUCACCUUGCUCAUGACAAGAUUCUUACACUUGAAAAAGAUAACUCUCAAUUAAAGUCUAAGGUAGCUGUAUUACAAUCAGAAGUGUCCUCUAAAGAUAGUUAAAUUGAUAAAUUACAAGAUCAAAAGAAAGAAUUGGAAAAGAUGAUUUAGCAGAGCAAAGACUAUGAGAAGUAACAGAUAGAAAAACUGAAUAAUGACAUUACUAGAGAAAGCAAAGAUCAUGAAAAAAUCAUUACAGAUCUAAGAUCAAAGAUCAAAGACCAUGAAGCUGAGAUAUAAAAACUAAAAACUGAUAAUAACCUUCAACUACAGAUAAGAGAUAGUUUGAAGGAAUAGGUUAAGAAUGCAAUAAGUACUACUAUACUAGACUCUUUUAAUGACCUCAGAAAGAAAUGA